UGUAUGGACAUUUAAAUUUUCUGCAGGAUAGAUUUUUAAGGUUAUGUUAGUCUUGGAAUCACUUUAUAAAUGUGCUCCAAAAUAUAUACGUAAUUACAAGAAAUAUGCUUGAUAUAUUCUCUUAAAAGAAAACGAAUCAAAUAUUUUCUACUAUGUAGCAUAUGAGAUCUAUGUAUUUUUGUGCAAAUAUAAAAACUAUACCAAUCAAGUGUUAAUUACAGAGAGAAAUGAUGACGCUACAUUUGUAUGACAAUCAGGAAUAUUCGAGCUUAGAUACUGUGCCAAAUAUGUGCACCAACAGCGAAAUGGAAAACUAUGACUACUUGCAAGAACGCAUCAGUGAAAAUAAAUAUUCAGGAGUCAGUUUAUUGCCCGGUACUUUGAUUAGUACCACGGACAUUGGUUUACAAGAAGGCAACUUAGAUGAUGAUGUUAAUUUCAACACUAUUGAUUUUAACUUUCUGAAAAUCGAAAAUAUGCUUUUGCAAGAUGCAGAAGAAUCUGAAAAUUUUACAAAAGCUAACAAGAUCAAACAAGAACUAUUAUUAGUAAGUGCUGCUACUUCUAACUCAAUUGAAGAUUUUGACACAAUGAGUUUGAAAUAUAAUACAUUUUCAAAUUUUUUGAGUACUUCAAACAAAGAAUCAAAUGAUAUAACAAUAACUAUGAAUACUAACAAAGUGUAUUCGCUUAAAGAUCUAACAACUCAGUGUUUCAAGAAAACGCAAUCAGUAGAAAACAAUGAUUUUUCCACCGAAUUUCACACAGAAAACAAUCAAGAUGUAGACUUGAAUACAGAUUCUAAUAUGAAUAAAGAUUACAAUUGCGUAAGACAAAAUGUUGCAUCUAAAUUUGAACAUGGAAUAAACAUUGAUUGUUCAAAACAAUCCAAUAAAAAUGAACAAUUGCAGAAGUGCGAACAAUGUUUAAUGAUGUUUAAGUAUAAAAGACAUUUGGAUCGUCAUUUAGAGGGUCAUCAGAAAAAUAAUUGUUCUCAUUGUAAUGAAAAGUUUGCCAGACGAAAACAUCUGGAAGUUCACCUAUUUCGUGCGCACGGAGAAAAGACAGUCAGAUAUCCUCAUGUGUGUGACGCGUGUCCUAAAAGUUUUCCCAAACGCGCUCUAUUGAAACGUCAUAAAGACAAACAUAGUUACCAAAUUGAUAAGAUAUGUUCAAAACGCGAAGACAUGAUAAGUACGGAUAUUAACAAAAAAGAACAUAAAGAAAAACAUUGCAAGAGAAAACAAUUUAAAUGUCAGCAAUGUUCGCAGAUAUUUAGCAUCGAGCAAACAUAUUUGUCUCACCUUCAAAAUCACGAUAACUACAAGUGUCCAAACUGUGAUGUUAGUUUUGCAUCGAAAAAGAAAGCUCGCGAACACUUUAAAGUGGCUCAUCCGCUAAAAUUAAAUGAACCAGAACCGAUAAACAAUGGUUCAUAUUUUUGUGUUAAUUGUAGACACACAUUUAUAAAAAAGGAUGACUAUUCUCGGCACUUGGAAUCUGCAUUACAUCUUAGUAAAGUUAAUAGAGAUAUACCUAUAAAGGCUAUAUUUUCGUGUAUGAUCUGCUCAAAAAAAUUAAUCACGCAGAGAGCCCUCGAUCAACAUAUUAGACGCAUUCACAAGGGUGAAAAACGAUUUGUGUGUAACAUGUACGGUUGUACGUUUCAGUGCUCCAGAAGGACGGAUCUAGAUCGGCAUAAGCAAUUGCACGUGGAAGAACGGAACGUCGUAUGCGAACAUUGCGGCAAAACGUUUACCAGCGUUAGUAUUCUCAAAGAUCACGUACUUUAUAUUCACAGUAAAGAACGACAGUUUAUCUGCGAAGAAUGUGGUAGAGCGUUCAAGAGAAAUAGCUUGCUUAAGAGACACAAAUUGUCACAUGAGCAACAUCGGCCAUUUGCUUGUACACAGUGCAACACCGCAUUUAAACGGUCGCAUCAUCUUACUCGCCACAUGGAAAAUUGUCACAGAAUCACUUUACAAAAGAAGAAAAAGGUGAUGAAGCUCAUGAAAACGGAAGAUGGUCAUCUUAUUCCAGUGCCGGAACAACCAAAAGAAUUAUCAUCUCUUAAAGUAAAACUUAAAAAAAAGCGCAUAUUAGUUGCAAAAGACGAAGAAAAAGAAUUCAUAACUGUAAAUGCAAAUAAACAAGUUGUAAAUACAUAUUUACAGCUGCAAGUACAAUCAUUGUCAAACUGUAAAGAACUUUCGCAAUAUUCAAACUCGUCGUUAGAUCCGACAAAUUUAUCUGUCAUUACCUCUAACCCACAAGUACUUUCAUCAGUAGAUACAAAUACAGGACAGUUGCUUACUAUAGAAGUCACCAAUCCGAACUUAUUAUCUACCACUGAGCAAACUGAUCAACUUGGAACAAAUUGCAAUGAAAUGUUAAAUCUAUCCGAUUGUCAAAGUGUGGAAUUUCAAGAUACUUCUUUAAAUGCGGAUCAAACAUAUUCCAACAGUACAAAUCACUCUGAAGUAUCAUUGGAAAAUAUCGAAGAUUUGUUCUCACUUAUAAACCAAAAACUAGAAACCAUAAACUAAAGAAACAGAAAAUUAUUUAAAAAAUUAUUUAAAACAUAGACUUUUAUUAUUUCUUAAUAUUUAAGGAUAUUACAGAAAAUAAAAAUAUCUGCACAUAUUUUGGCUAUAUAGUUGUGUUUAUUCAAAUUUUAAAUAUUAUUGUGUUAUUCUAUGCUUUUAAGUAAAACAUAGAUUAUAGAAAUACUGUUAUUUUGUUAACAUAGAAAUAUAGAAAUAUAUGGACACAUAAUGAAAGUUAUUAUUAGAUUUUAUAAAAAUGAUUUUUGUCUCUACCCUAUAAUUUAAUAUUUAAGAAAUUUUUACAUUUAUAUUUUUUCCAUAUGUAAAAAUAUUGCUUAUUAGAGAAAUGAGAUACACAAAUUUAAACAAAAACAUUUUGUCUUAUAAGAUAAGAAAGAGAGAUGCUUUAAUCAUACUUUUAAAGUUGUCAUUAGUAUACUUUUUUUGAGCGUCAGUCUAUCUUUGUUCUACAUAUAAAGAGCAAUAAACACAAACGACGCUUAAAAAAUCCGUUUUAUAUCAAGUGCAAGAUAUAAACGACAAACACAAGUCGCAGAUCUUGUAGAAUUGACUAAAUUAUAAACAUAAAAUCCUAUAUUAAACUAAAGUCACGUGACAGG